AUGGGCACAAGGGAUAUGUUAAAUAUGACAAUCUUUCAUUCUCUCAGUAAUCCAAGCGCUGCUCUUGUAUUUCUAGGUCAAUUGUCAAAGAUGUCAGAAGAAAUCCAACAAACCGAAAAUCAGUCUCUAAAAGAACUACUUUAUGAGCGUUAUAAAGACUACCUCAAUCUUUCAGAUGCUGAUCGAAAUCGUUAUGCAAGUUUUUCAAAAGAACUAACCAAUGGAUUAAAAAGCGAUGAUCCAGGAUGCGUAAAAAGAAUAAUUAGCAAUCAUAUUCAUUCUGACCCUGAAAGUUGA